AUUACUGAAUAUGGAGAUUACGAGGAGACAACGAAGGCGGCACUAGCCUUGUCAUUGUGUUCAGUGGGUGAUUUCACUUGACCCAUUUGUCUCCAGUGGUAACGUCAAUGUAACUCACCGCAGAUAUAACUUUAUUAGCUAGCACUAUGCAGCUGCCUGUACAAAUGUUUGACUUUUUCAGGCACCAACACUAAAAGCGUUGGAAGAACAGAUUUCUAGCUGCUCUGCUAGCUAGCUAGCUAGGCUACAUCAGGAGGUGCACGACGCUGGUAGCAAAUGCUAACCUAGCUAGCUACACUGUUAGCAUCUUAGCAGCUGUUCCGUCCACUUGAAGGCAUCAUUGAGUCCUACGAUAGUCUAACGAUAAACAGACUAACGUUACAUACAGUCUAUGAUACCACAGAUAUCAGCAAAAUGACCUCAGCUUCCACUAAAGUUGGGGAGAUCUUCUCUGCAGCUGGAGCUGCCUUCACCAAACUAGGAGAGCUCACCAUGCAGCUUCACCCAGUGGCAGACCCCAGUCCUGCAGGCGGUCAGACCAAGAGCACGGUGAAGAGGAAGCUGUAUGAAGACGGAGCUCCGCCCGCCGCCUUCGACGGCCCUAAAAAGGUCAUCAAGAAAACCGUUGCCGUGGCCACGCAGGGCACUCCCGGCGCCAUCGCUGUGCCUACAGCUCGGGUCGGCGUGGAAUCAGGUCUGCAGGGCCCCGCCUCCACCCUGAAGAAACAGAAGACUGCAGACGUGACCCUCAGUGCUCUUAAUGACUCAGAUGUCAACAGUGAUCUGGUGGACAUGGAGGGACUGGGGCAAGGAUCCAACUCCAAAAAACUCAACAACUUUGAUCAAGAUAACCUGAACCUGGACUCGAGCCUCAUCAUGAAUCCCAGUGAUCUGCCUCUGCUCUCCCGUUGACACCUUUGGACGCCCCAAAGCUCCCGUGGACUUGAAAUGACAGACGGAAGCUAUAAAAGCCUCACCCGAGUAGUGACAGACUGGACUUAUCCUUUGAGCCAGAAGACGGUGGCCUCCCACAUCAGAGGAAAUCUAGUCUAGUAUCGAAUAUUGUGUUGUGUCACGCAGGACAGACGUCCCACGCAUUCCCACUGCUGUGAGAGUUGUUGGCACAUUGUUAUUUUAGACCAUUUCCACUCCUCCUCAUCAGCUCGUGCUUUGAAGGAACUGACUUUAUGCAGCAAGGAAGCUGUCUGAACAUCCAUACUUCCUGUAUGGACAGGCAUUGGAAAGAAUAUAUGUGUCUGAACAAUGUAAACAGUAGGGGUGUGACGAGACGCUUACUCCACGAGACGAGACACAUCACGAGAUUGGGUUCACGAGAACGUGACGAGAU